AUGCAGAGUGCAAGAAGAACUAUAACAAGUGGAAAUCGAGUACGAGAAGUAGAUUUAUACAGUGGCUUCAAUAAGAAUGUCAUAAAUAUCUACGACAAUGCAAAUCAAGACGAUGAGGCAUAUCAGAGUGCACUUAAAGUCUCGAGUUACGGCAAAAGAACCACAACACCGAAAACCAAUUGGAUUGGCGAACGACUGAGAACUGGUGAAAUGCCAUCAACAGCAGCUCGAGUUCGUCCUUCGACUGCUGUUAGAGCCGUUGGAUUUUCAUCCGACUCAUUUCUAUUUGAUCCAUUCAAUCAAGCAGCCAAGAAGACGGUUGUGCUUGAAACCAAAAAAGAAGACACUCCUGAACAGAAAUAUAAAAAUAUCGAAAAGAAAAUUUUUCAAUUACUUGAGGAGUCGAUUUUGGUGAGCACGGGACCGAAGCCAGAUGUUAUUGCUGGCUUGGCAAAAGCGAAGGAAGCGUCAUCAAUGGACCGUACUUUGUUGCGAAUGAGAAAUCAGAGUGGAUCGAAUAAUUUCACCCACAAUUUUGAUUUGACUUAUUCGGUCCUGUUCAACUUGGCAAAUCUAUACUACAAAAAUGAGAUGUUCAUCGAAGCCUUAAACACCUACACAUUGAUGACAAAAAAUAAAAUGUUUCCAAAUGUGAAUCGUUUGAAAAUCAACAUGGGCAACAUUUAUUUUCAAUUAGGCUUAUUCUCGAAAGCCAUUAAAAUGUAUCGAAUGGCACUCGAUCAAGUGCCAUCAAAUCAAAAGGAAUUGAGAUUAAAAAUAACCCAUAAUAUUGCUGUGCUGUUCGUUAAAAUGGGUCAAUAUUCAGAUGCGGCAACAAGUUUUGAAUUCAUAAUGGCCGAGAAGGGGGACAUUAAAAGUGGAAUGCAUCUUGUUCUGUGCUAUUAUGCUUUGGGUGAUACGGAAAAGAUGAAGAAAGCAUUUCAAUAUCUCCUUGAUGUACCAAUCGAUUUUAAUAAUGAUGAGGAGAAGCUCAUCAAUUCAAGUACGAAUCCAUCCCAUGAAUACAUUUACAAUACAAUUCAAUCGGAUGAAUUACAUCAUUAUGAACAGAAAAUGAGAAAUAAUGCACAACGAAGUGUCCUGAUAACUGUUAAUUUAAUAUCAUCCGUUAUCGAGAAUAAUUUUAAUGAUGGAUAUACUUGGUGCGUUGAGACAAUCAAGUAUAGUGGAUUUUCAAAACUUGCAACUGAACUUGAAAUCAAUAAAGCAUUGAUUUUCCUGAAACUUGAUGAUGUUAAUCAAGCGAUUGAUGCUUUAAAGUACUUUGAAAAGAAGGACUCGAAUGUUGCUGUUAAUGCUGCGAUCAAUUUGACCUUCAUUUAUUUAUUGAAGCGUGACUUGGAGACAGCGGAGAAGUAUGCAGAAUCAGCCCGUAAACUUGACUCCUACAAUCCUCAUGCUUUUGUCAACAGUGGUGUAUGUGAGAUGAUGAAGGAGAAGUACGACAUUGCAAAGUUUAUGUUCAAUAAUGCACUUGAAAUUGACGCUACGCUUUUUGAGGCACUAUAUAACAUGGGAUUAAUUCAUAAGAAAACGGGAGAUUACGAUGAAGCCUUGAACUAUUUCCACAAGCUUAAUGCAAAUCUGGGACAUCAGCAGCACCCGGAAAUAAUUUUUCAAAUUGGCAACGUGUAUGAGUUGAUGGGCGAUAUAAGUGCAGCAUUAGAAUGGUAUCAUCAAUUGCUUGGCAUCGUCCAAUCAGAUGCUGGCGUAUUAAAGAAAGUCGGUGAGCUUUAUGAAGCAAAAGGCGAACGUCAACAAGCAUUUCAUUAUCACCUUGAAUCGUAUCGUCUCUAUCCAAGCGAUGUCUCGAUUGUCAAUUGGAUUGGGAGUCAUUACAUUGAACUACAAAUUGCUGAGAAAGCAAUAAGCUUCUUUGAAAAAGCAGUUCUAAAUAAUCCAAAUGAUUCGUACUUUUUGCUUCGUGUUGCUGGAAGCUAUCGCAAGAUCAAUUCUCAAAAAUCAAUGCAACUGUUUCAGCAGAUUCAUGAUAAAUUUCCUGAAAACAUCGACUGCCUACGUGCACUGAUUCAUUUGACCAAUUCACAAGGUAUGCAUGAACUGCACGACAUUUAUGUCGAUAAAUUGGAGAAAAUUGAAAAGCAAAAGGAAGUACGACAGAGAAUUAGCAGUGCAAUUCGUCCCGGCACAUCAAUUCAUUCACGUUUAUCAAGCAGUGGAAAGUCAAGUGGCGGCAGUCAUGGGCAUGUUGAAUACUCGACACAAAUGACAAAUUAUGCAAAUUCACCAAAUAUAAAUUCUCCCAUCGAUUACUCAUAUUCAGAUCCUUUAGAGGCCGACAGUAUGCAAAAGCGUCCGAUGACAUCAGGCAGACGUAUUGUUGAAAGCUAUUCCGAUGAGGAAAUUGACGAUGAGCUUUUACCUAUUUAAUUUAAUGAAUAUUUAAUGAUGUUGUCCACAAUUACUGCGUCUUUCUGAUUGUAUCCGUUCACAUUUGAAUAUUCUUUUUCCUUUUUCUUUUGGGGGUUGUUUAUCAAUGACGUCACAUAAUUUAAAUUAUGAGACAUCCUCCCGCACUUGUCGCAAAAUUUUCUAUUGUAUUAAAAUGUCACAUGUCUCAACCGCUCAGCCCCUAAUCCCCCAAAAAUAAAGGCCGUAAUAAGUAAAUAGACCCUAGCUUCUUAUUAUCCUUUGACUAAACUCUGUUGUUUUUUCGUCUAUAUUGUAGCUUUACAUGCUAUGUUUGUUUAAUAUAGAAAAUAAUGGAAAUAAGUAUGUUUGUCGGAUAUACUGUAACGACUGAUGUAAUGAGAAUGAAGAUAAUUAUAGGAAAUUGUCUAAUGAUGUUCAUGAAUUUUUAUGUUAAUAAAAUCAAAGUGAAAUUAAAAAUGAUUCGAGCAGUUGUUUAGUUAAUUGAAAUAGAUUUAUCAAAUAAAU